AUGGCGACCCCAACCACUGCCUGGAUGCCAGGUCGUGUGGCUCGACGCAGCUGUCUCCAAAAAGCUUGCCAACGGGUGGGGCUGUUGGCGGGCACCAUUGUAGUGAUCCUGGGGCGCGGCUCCGCCUUCGCUGCCACACAACAGGCACCCAGACCUGGCCAACCAGACUCUGCUGCUUCGCAGCCCCAGCAGGCCGAGAGCCAGCGCCUGGCUGCGAGAGGGGCUUUGCUGGAGGCCAUCAAGUCUCUGGACCGUGGCUUCGCGGCCACAAAAGAGAACAGGUCGGAUGUUUCCGGCCGAAUAGCCGAUCUAGUCGGGUGGAAUCCAACCUCGGACCCGACCUCUAAACUCGGAUGGGUCGAUGAGAGUGAGGGGACGAAGACGAAGGCAAAGUUGGCAAACACCUAUGAGGACGCACCGCUCCGGGAAGCCAAGGAAUCCUGGAAGCACUGGGAGCAGGUGAAGAAAGGCCGUGCCGAAUUGACCGGCAGCUUCGGCUCGGGCCUCUACAAGGCUUUGACGGCCAUGCGCCAACUCCGCAAGUCCGGCUCGGAGGUGGAAGAAGAGCUGCGUGCGGCUCUGAAAGGGCCGGCGAGCGCGAAGCUCCUCUCGGAGAUGGAGGCGUUGCCUGCUGCACUGCUCCGUGAUGAUGCCAUCGAUCUUCUUCCGCCGGUUCUGCAAGUUCUUCAGGACUGGAAUAAGCGAGCCGAGAUGUCGACCUACGCCGCGCUGAUGGCUGCCCAGCUGCGCCGUCGCGAUUUUGCUGGUGUGGGCGUCACCGCCUCAAAGUUGCCGGAAGACUCCUUGACGCCCAAGAUGCGUGCCAUUUUGGCCGCUGCAGCUGCGCAAAGGGGGAAGCUGGAGGAGGCCGUGAGGCAGCUCGAGCGCCUGCCGGAUUCGGACUCGGGCCCACGCUUCCUCACGCCCUCGACGGCGGGACAGAUCCUUUCCCUGGCCAACAAAGAGCAGCGCGGUGCGGAAGUGCAAGCGCAGCUGCAGCGGAUCGGCGUGCAGCCGCUGCAGGACGGCAAGGACAGCAAUGCGGAAAUGCAGCGUGCAGUGACAACCAUGACGGCUUAUGUGAAGAACAAGGACUUGCCCAACGUGACAGCUGUUUUCAAUCGCCUGAAGAAGAACGGUGUUGUGAUGCGGUCCCAAAUUUACAACUGCUACCUCGAUGCCUGCGUCCAGUGCCACGACAUUGACGCAGCCUUGUCCCUCUUUGAGGAGAUGAAGCAGCUCGGCUUCGUGGACGUGGUCAGCUACAAUACGGUUCUCAAGGGCUACUUGGCCUCCGGCCGCUUGGGCGAGGCACGGAGCCUCGUGCAGGAGAUGACUUCGCGCGGGCUGGCAGCCAACAAGGUCACCUACAACGAGCUCCUGAAUGCGAAAGUGGCUGCCCGAGAUCGCGUGGGCAUGUGGAGCAUUGUGGACCAGAUGCUCCAAGCCGGCCUCAAGGCGAACCUGAUCACCUGCUCGAUUCUCUUGAAGUCGUUGACGCAGCAUUCCGCUGAGACAGACUUGGCUCGGGUUCUGAGCCUGAUUGACAGCGUGGAGGAGCCCAUCGAUGAAGUUCUCUUUUCGUCGAUCAUCGAAGCCUGCAUCCGAAUCAAGAGGUUGGACAGCCUCUCCGACUUCAUCGGCCGAUACAAGGUCAAGGGCCUGUUUAAGAACAUCUCUGCUCCGAUCUACGGGGCCAUGAUCAAAGCCUUUGGCGAGGCCGGUCACCUCCACCAGGUCCGUGAGCUCUGGGCGCAGCUGCAGAGCCACAAUGUGAAGCCGACGGCUAUCACUAUCGGCUGUGUGGUGGAGGCUUUGGUGAUUAACAAGCAGGGAGAGGAGGCCUGGCAACUCGUCCAGGACCAAUUGCAGUAUGAUGACCGCAAAAGCAUGAUCAACACCGUGGUAUACUCGACCGUGCUGAAGGGCUUUGCGGUGUCUAAACGGAUCGACAAAGUGCUUGCUGUGUACAAGGAAAUGCGAAACAACAACAUUGCCUGCAACACCAUCACCUACAACACAAUGCUGGAUGCGUGUGCGAAGUGCAAUGCGAUGGAGAAGGCUUCGAUGCUUUUGGAAGAUAUGCGAGAAACCAACAUCGAGCCUGACAUCAUCACUUACUCCACGAUCAUCAAGGGCUAUUGCCUGAACGGUGAUGUGGAGCGUGCCUUGAGUGUUCUCGAGGAGAUGAGGAGAGACGGCCACUUCCUGCCGGACGAGAUCAUGUACAACUCGAUCUUGGAUGGCUGCACCAAGCAGCGCAAUGUCAGCGAGGCAUUGCGUCUUCUGGAUGAGAUGAAGGCAUCUGGCAUUAAACCCAGCAACUACACUUUGAGCAUCCUUGUGAAGCUGCUGGGGAACGCUCGGCGCCUUGGCCAAGCAAUGCAGAUGGUCGAGGAUCUCAGCUCUCAGAACGGGCUGAAGCCCAACAUCCAGGUCUACACCUGCCUGAUCCAUGCCUGCUUCCAAAACAGGCGCUUCGAGAGGGCCUUGAGCGUCUACGAGAAGAUGAUCAAGGAGGGCUGCCGGGCCGACGAAAAGUUCUACGCAGUGCUCGCUCGCGGAUGCCUACAGUUGCACCAGCCAGGGAAGGCCAUGGAAGUGAUCCGAGCAGCCUACAACCUGCCGGGCAGCUCGCUUCCCAGCGGCCCACGAGCGGUCGGAGUGGAAGGCUUAGAGGAGCUGCUUCAGAAGAUCGGCAAGGAGGAGCAGGAGGCUGCUGAUGAGCUGACCCAAGAGUUGAAGAAUUAUGGCGUGCAGACUGCUGGAGCGAAGUCUUGGAGCAGCGGUGCACGUGUGGCGGGCGGGCCCAGCCGGGAGCGCCGCCGCGGCGGUGGAAACUGGACGCUGAUCUAUACCGAUGCUCCCGACAUCAUUGGCAUCCCAACUUCGCCCUUCAGCACCCUAGGGAGGAUUGGACAGGAGAUCGAUGCCAGUAGUGGCACCAUUGCCAAUGUCAUUGAGUAUCGGCCGUCUUCCUUCGCGGUGGGAAUCAAAGAUUCUGUUCUGGAGGAUGCCUUCGUCCAGCGGGUCUUCACUGACUACAAAGUCGCCUCGCCCACCACGGUGGAGCUCAACAUCCGAGGUCUCGGUCUUGCGCCUCAGAGGAUCUUCGGUGUGGAUGUGCCGGAGGCAAGGCUCGAAGAGGCGAUUUGCUCCGACGUGGAAAAGCGAAUCGCAGAAGGGCGCCGGAUGCUGGACUCCGAGGGCUUCUUGGUGUUGGAGAGGCUCCUCGACCUGGAGACCAUCGAGCGCUUGGGUGAGAUGGUGAGGGGCGAUGUGGACAGCUUGUGGCCUGAGGGCCUUGUCGAUUGCACACCUGCGAAGCCCGGCGAUCUGGCAGCGAUGCGCAUCGUCGACUUGAAGGCUAUGAACUUUGGCUACGGAAAGUUUGCCUACUUGCGGGAGCCACUGCCAUCGCCGCUGAACGCCCUACGUGAGGCCUUGUACACGGCACUUGCCCCAGUGGCGAACGCACAGAUCGAGAUGUUCAGAGCAGAGACUUCCCCGAAGCCGCUUGCUUUGGAGGCCUAUCCCCCGAAGAUCUCUGAUCUCUGGGAAAUUUGCAAAGCAGCAGCUCCCCCACAGAGGUUGCCGACCUCGAUCGCGCUAAGGUACUGCCCUGGCGGCUUCAUGGAGCCACACCGCGACCUUCAGGGCACCGUAAUGUUCCCGUUCCAGGUCAUGUGUCCACUGAGCGAUCCAGGUGAGGACUACGAGGGCGGACGCUUUUUCGUCCAACCUGGCAAGAGGAAUGUGGAUCGUCGGCACUGCCAGGAGCUUUUCAAGGGCGAUGUUGUCAUAUUCCGCAGCGGCUUGUACCACGGCUUGGAGGAGUUGACUUCCGGUACGCGAUAUGCGAUUGCCAUGCAAUUUGCGCUCUCUCAUUUGACAGAGAGUCCGUCGAAGCCCAGACAGACGUGGGAAGAGAAGCAGGAGAGACAAAGGAGGGCGGAGGAAGAAGCCAGACCUCUGGACAGAAGAAGACUGCACCUUGUGGCGUUCAAAGUGAAUCUCCGCGGUCCGCUGGGCCCCGAGUCUCUACGGAUGGAGGGAUCUCGCCUGGCCUUUGACAUGGGCUGUUGCGAUUGA